AUGGCAAAUGAAGAAGCCGACAGCCAAAGCCACUCAACUCCCUUCAGCACCAAAAAUUACCCUUCCAUCUCCACCAACGACGGCGCUAGUAUCGAAGUAGUCCGCCGUCCGCGAGGUCGCCCACCUGGCUCCAAAAACAAACCCAAGUCGCCGGUUAUCAUCACACAAGACUCCGAGCCAUCUAUGAGCCCUUACGUUCUCGAAAUUUCCGAAAACACUGACAUCGUCGAAGCCAUUACUCGGUUUUGCCGAAAGCGGAAUAUGGGGCUCUGUAUACUUCACGGAAAUGGGGUUGUUGCAAAUGUUACUCUCAAACAGCCGUCGUCAACUCCCGGUGCCGUCGUUACAUUUCAUGGGCAUUUCAACAUUUUAUCGAUUUCCGCUACUGUUUUACAGGGAAAUAUCCCGGUGACGGACGACGGUUUCAAAAUAUCUCUGGCAGGGCCGCAGGGCCAGGUUGUAGGCGGACUCGUGGUGGGGCCGUUGCUCUCCGCUGGAACUAUUUAUCUGAUCGCCUCCACUUUUAAUAGUCCAUCUUUUCAGAGGUUGCCGCUUGAAGAUGACCCCCGACACUCCGGUGAGGAGCGGCGGCAGGAGCUUUCUGGGUUAGGAGAUGUCCCUACGCCGCCUGGGGCUGCCGACUCUCGUAGAAUCCCCUCUUACAGUUAUCAAUCUUCUGACGUGAUCUGGGCCCCCGCCGCUAGACCGCCGCCUUACUGA